GGAGACUGACUGCAGAGUUGUGAGAGAAAAAAAAAAACAUGAAGAGAAGGAGGGAGUGUCCCUCAGAGUCUGAAGGACAGGAAGACACCAAGAAGGCGAUGGAGGGUCAUGGUGUGGACCCUGCUGUGGAUCAGUGUGAGGACACAGACGAGGGACCCUCGAAAUCCAGAAAUUGUGGGGACCACAAGAUCCAGAGCAAAACUCAGAGCUUCCCUCAGAGUCCAGACUCAUCUGUACCUGUAGCCAGCUGUGUGUCCCUAAAGAGUGACUGGUCAAUGGAAGAACCUCCUGUUUUUAAAGAACAGCAACCCUCUGCUGGAAAGAAAGUGAAGCAGCAGAGCUCACAGGUUCUCAGGGUUCCAUCUGCUCAGCAGCAUCAAAGAUGCCUGAACUACAGGUUUAUGAAUUUCGAGGAGAACAUGUUGACGUUUGUUAAAAAUGAGCUGAAGAGCAUCCACAAGUUUCUCCAGACAAAUGAUGGAGAAUAUUUCGAGAGUCAGAGUGAGGAUGAGGAGCAGAGGAGCAGCCGACUGGUUUUCCUGGACCUCACAGUGACCUUCAUGAGGAACAUGAAUUAUGAGGAGCUGGCUGACUGUCUGCAGAGCAGAACUCGUGCUGAGGUUUGUCGUCUUAAAUUCAAAUCUAAGGUGAAGCAGAAGUUUGAGUGUGUGUUUGAGGGGAUCUCUAAAGCAGGAAAGGCGACUCUUCUGAAGGAGAUCUACACAGAGCUCUACAUCACAGAGGGCGGGGCUUCAGAGGUCAACGAAGAACAUGAUGUCAGACAGAUUCAAGCAGCAUCCAGGAAAACAGACACACCACAAAGGACCAUCACAUGUGAAGACAUCUUUAAAGUCUCAGCUGACACACAGCCACCAAUCAGAACAGUGCUGACAAAGGGCGUGGCCGGCAUCGGGAAAACAGUCUUAACACAGAAGUUGACUCUGGACUGGGCUGAAGGACGAACCAAUCAGGACUUCCACUUCAUAUUUCCAUUCACGUUCAGAGAGCUGAAUGUGCUGAAAGAGAAGACGUUCUGCUUGGUUGAACUUGUUCAUCUCUUCUUUCCUGAAACCAAAGAAGCAGGAAUCUGCAGCUUCCAGCACUUCCAGGUCUUGAUCAUCUUGGACGGUCUGGAUGAGUGUCGCCUCCCUCUGGACUUCCACAGCAAUGACAUCCUGACUGAUGUCACAGAGUCAAGCUCAGUGGAUGUUCUGCUGACGAACCUCAUCAGGAGGAACCUGUUUCCCUCUGCUCGCCUCUGGAUCACCACACGACGUGCAGCAGCCAAUCAGAUCCCUCCUGAGUGCGUGGACAUGGUGACAGAGGUCAGAGGCUUCACUGACCCUCAGAAGGAGGACUACUUCAGGAACAGAUUCAGAAAUGAGGAGCAGUCCAGAAGAAUCAUCUCCCACAUGAAGACAUCACGAAGCCUCCACAUCAUGUGUCACAUCCCAGUCUUCUGCUGGAUCACUGCUACAGUUCUGGAGGACGUGUUGGACACCAGAGACACACCACAGCUGCCAGAGACCCUGACUGAGAUGUACAUCUACUUCCUUUUGGUUCAGUGCAAAGUGAAGAAGGUCAAGUAUGAUGGAGGAGCUGAGACAGAUCCACUGUGGAAUUCAGAGAACAGGAAGAUGAUUGUGUCUCUGGGAAAACUAGCAUUUGAGCAGCUGCAGAAAGGGAACCUGAUCUUCUAUGAAGAGGACCUGACAGAGUGUGGCAUCGAUAUCAGAGCAGCCUCAGUGUACUCAGGAGUCUUCACACAGAUCUUUAAAGAGGAGAGAGGACUCUACCAUGACAAGGUCUUCUGCUUCAUCCAUCUGAGUGUUCAGGAGUUUCUAGCUGCUCUUUAUGUCCAGCUGACCUUCAUCCAGUCUGGAGUCAAUCAGCUGUCAGUAGAACCAACAACAUCCAGAAGGUCUGAGACAUCUGAAGAUAAACCAAAACUAACGUGUCUCCAUCAGAGUGCUGUGGACGAGGCCUUACAGAGUCCAAAUGGACACCUGGACUUGUUCCUGCGCUUCCUUCUGGGUCUUUCCCUGCAGACCAGUCAGACUCUCCUACGAGGCCUGAUGACACAGACAGACAAAAUCUCACAGACCAAUCAGGAAACAGUUGAAUACAUUGAGAUGAAGCUUGAUGAGAAUCUGUCUGCAGAGAGAAACAUCAAUCUGAUCCACUGUCUGAAUGAACUGAAGGAUCGUUCUCUAGUGGAUCAGAUCCAACAGCUCCUGAAUUCUGGAAGUCUCUCUGUACGCCGUCUGUCUCGUUCUGAUUUAUCAGCUCUGGCCUUCAUCUUACUGUCCUCAGAUCAACAUCAUGUGUUCAACCUGAAGAAAUACUCUGCUUCACAUGUGGCUCUUCUGCUGCUGCUGCCGGUGAUCAAAGAAUCUACAAAUGUUUUGUUAUCUGGCUGCAAUCUGUCAGAGAGAAGCUGUGAAGUUCUGUCUUCAGUUCUCAGCUCUCAGUCCUCCAGUCUGACAGAGCUGGACCUGAGUAACAACGAGCUGCAAGAUUCAGGAGUGAAGUUGCUGUCGGUUGGACUGGAGAGUCCACACUGUCACCUGGAGACUCUCAGGCUGAGUUUGUGUGAUCUGUCAGAGAGAAGCUGUGAAGUUCUGUCUUCAGUUCUCAGCUCUCAGUCCUCCAGUCUGAGAGAACUGGACCUGAGUAACAACGAUCUGCAGGAUUCAGGAGUGAAGCUGCUGUCUGCUGGACUGGAGAGUCCACACUGUCACCUGGAGACUCUCAGGCUGUCAGGCUGUGUGAUCACACAUGAAGGCUGUGCUUCUCUGGCCUCAGCUCUGACCUCCAACGCCUCUCAUCUGAGAGAGCUGGACCUGAGCUACAACCAUCCAGGAGACUCAGUGGAUCCACUCCAGACUCUGGACUCUCUCAGGGUGGAUCCUGGUGGAAUCCGAUGGCUCAGACCAGGUCUGACGAAAUAUUUCUGUGAACUCUCUCUGGAUCCAAACUCAGCAAACAGAAAACUCAAACUGUCCAACAACAACACAAAGGUGGAACGUGUGAGAGAGGAUCAAUCAUAUCCUGAUCAUCCAGACAGAUUUGACCUUUGCCCUCAGGUCCUGUCUUCAACUGGUCUGACUGGUCGCUGUUACUGGGAGGUCGAGCGGAGAGGACGCAUUUAUAUAUCAGUGACUUACAGAGGAAUCAGAAGGAAAGGAGACAGAGACGACUGUAUGUUUGGACGUAAUGAUCAGUCCUGGAAUCUGAUCUGCUCUGAUCGCUGUUACUCUGUCUGGCACAAUAACAGACCAACAUUUCCUCCUCGCUUUGCUUCAUCCUCUCUCAGAGUCUCAGUGUUUGUGGACUGUCCUGCUGGCACUCUGUCCUUCUAUGAAGUCUCCUCUGACUCUCUGAUCCACAUCCACACCUUCUGCUGCACGUUCACUGAACCUCUGUAUGCUGGGUUUGGAUUCUCUUCUGGUUCUGGUUCCUCAGUGUCUCUAUGUGGGCUGUAGGUUGGAGAGUCUCCUCCUGUGGACACAAACACACUUCAAUGUUGACAUCACCACAUGCAGUUGUUUGGACAGCUGUGCUCUGUUUACACUGAGCGGUCCGGGUUGGUACGGAAUGCUAUUUUGUGUGUUUCCACAUCCACAUUUAGGGAUGGGUACCAAAAUAACCGACCCAAACUGUACCACUUUUUCAACACCCUUCAUCUGGUGUGCCAGAAUAAUGGAACAGUUACAAAAGGGAGGCACUAACCCGCUGCUGCACAUUGAUCGGCUUAGCAGCUAAAGCAAAAGCUACAGUCCUCAUGUGACCAUUCAUACAGUUCUGACUGGUUAAAAUCUUUCACACACUGAGUAAAUAUAAAGUCUUAAUCUUACAUGGUUCGUCAUUGCAGUCAGAUUCAUCACAGCCUUCACUUCACUUUAUUUGUGUCCCCCAUGGGGCAAUUAGUUUUGCAGCUUGAGAAUACAUUAAAAGCACAUGACACACAGAACACAUAUCAGUACCAUGGUGCAGCAUCACAAACAAUUACACAGUCCAAACAUUAAAAAAUACAAUCCAUUAAAAUGCUUCCACAGUUUUAACUCCUUCCUUGGCCUGUGUUCAGAACAGUAAUGGCGCAGGAACAAAAGAGAACUUAAAUCUGUUACCCUUCACAGAGGGAAACCUGAGCCAUGAGUCAGAAGUUAAAUAUUGAAAGUCACUAAAAAGAGGAUGAGCAGAGUUCAACAGUAUACUGAAUGCUUUCCUCUUUACUUAUCUGUAGUAUAGGUCAGACAACGUACUCUGUGGUACUCCCAGUACCUUUCCACAGGCCUUCACUAUUUUAACCAGUGAAUUUUUAGCCUUAGGACUGAGAUUCCCAUACCAGCACAACAUAGAAAAGGUUAAAACAGACUCAAUACAAGAUUUGUAAACAAGAAUCAUAAUAGUCUUAUCCAUUUGAAAAUAAGACAAUUUAUGAAGACAGAACAGAUAUUGUUGACCCUUUUUACACAACAUGUCAGUAUUAACAUUAAAAUUUAGCUUGUGGUCAAUUAUAGUCCCCAGAUACUAAUAAGUUUCCACAGACUCCACCUGCUGGCCCUUAAUGAAGGUAGCCUGAGCUGGUGUGAGCUGUCGUCGGACGUCCACAGACAUAUCUUUUGUUUUAGCCACGUUUAGUUGUAAAUAUGACUUAUCACACCACUUUACAAAAUCUUCCACCACCGGGCCAUGGUUAUUCUCAUGAUUUUGUAAGAGACUAACAAUGACAGUAUCGUCUGCAAAUUUCGAAAUAAAAUGAUUUUCGUGAUGGCUUUGACAAUCAUUAGUGUACAACAGUGGUGGGCACAGUUCCGAUAAUCCGA